AGGCGACAUUUUUUUAGUGUACAUCAAUCUUAAAAAACUUUCACACUUGAUCUUGUUUCCCGGUAAACAUAGCUGGUCCCAAGAGACAGGAUAGCCCAAGAGACACUCGAUGCGACCUCACAUUGAGCAAAGGAAUUGUGUAUAUUCUCAAUGUCUUGUGUUCGCAAGACUAUCGUGUCCGGCUCUUUCGGUCUUUGAAUUCACCGCGAGCUUACAUAGACUAUUGCAGUCGCUAUUAAUGGCAACCAAUACGAAGCAGCCUGUCAGAGAGGCGCAACCAACCGCGCAACCAACCUCACAGCCCCGAUCUAUCCUCAAUGUGUCCCCAAAUUGCCCUCAAACCAUCAAACAAGCGUCACACUCUUCCUUGAUCCUUGAAACGCGCUCCCAGACGUCGACACUACAAUCCUGAAACCCCAACGCUCAUUUCCCGCGUGAUGUCAACGCGCGUAUAUGACCGAGGCUAAACCACCGACACGCAAUCGUUCGAGGC